CAGUGUGAAGGACUGCGUUGACCUCCCCCCGGAUUCACCUCUAAUGCGAGCCAUGUUUCGGUCUCUGAAACGCGUCCAGCAGUUUAACUGCAACCUCCUGACUUUGCAAAGAGUCAGCGUCAACUCUAAACUCCUUAUCUGCACGUCCAGAAUGGCCAGCUCUGAGUUCAGGCUCGAGAGGGACACCUUUGGUGAGCUCAAGGUCCCAGCUGACAAGUACUACGGUGCUCAGACAGUCAGAUCUACUAUGAACUUCAAAAUUGGGGGACCAUCUGAGAGAAUGCCGCUCCCAGUGAUCAAGGCCUUCGGUAUCCUGAAAAAAGCAGCCGCUCAGGUUAACACGGACUACGGCCUUGACCCAAAGAUAGCAGAUGCAAUCAGUCAGGCUGCAGAUGAGGUUUCAGCUGGCAAACUGGAUGAUCAUUUCCCUCUGGUGGUGUGGCAGACUGGAUCUGGAACUCAGACCAACAUGAACGUCAAUGAGGUGAUCAGCAACAGAGCUAUUGAGAUCCUUGGAGGAAAACUAGGCUCCAAAGAUCCCGUCCACCCUAAUGACCACGUCAACAAGAGUCAGAGCUCCAAUGACACCUUCCCCACUGCCAUGCACAUUUCUGCAGCUACAGAGGUCCACCAGGUCUUGCUGCCUGGUCUGCAGACUCUGCACGAUGCGUUGGCUGCUAAGGCUGAAGAGUUUAAAGACAUCAUCAAGAUUGGGCGCACACACACUCAGGAUGCUGUACCACUGUCACUCGGACAGGAGUUCGGUGGUUAUGUCCAGCAGGUGAAAUACAGCAUAGAAAGAGUGAAGUCGGCCAUGCCCAGGGUGUAUGAGCUGGCAGUAGGAGGCACAGCAGUAGGAACAGGACUCAACACCCGCAUCGGCUUUGCUGAGAAGGUAGCCUCCACUGUUUCCUCUCUGACAGGCCUGCCAUUUGUGACAGCUCCCAACAAGUUUGAGGCUCUGGCAGCCCAUGAUGCCUUAGUAGAGCUGAGCGGGGCACUGAACACAGUGGCUGUCAGCAUGAUGAAGAUUGCCAACGAUAUUCGCUUCUUGGGGUCAGGACCCCGCUCUGGCCUGGGAGAGCUCAUCUUACCUGAGAAUGAACCAGGAAGCAGUAUCAUGCCAGGUAAGGUGAACCCUACCCAGUGUGAGGCCAUGACCAUGGUGGCAGCCCAGGUAAUGGGAAACCAUGUGGCGGUCACCAUCGGAGGAAGCAACGGACACUUUGAACUUAACGUCUUCAAGCCUAUGAUGAUCAAGAAUGUGCUAAACUCUGCUCGGCUAAUCGGCGACGCAUCCGUCUCCUUCACCAACAACUGUGUGGUGGGCAUCGAGGCCAACACCGAGAGGAUCAACAAGCUUAUGAAUGAAUCUCUGAUGUUGGUCACCGCACUCAACCCACACAUCGGCUACGACAAAGCAGCCACCAUCGCCAAGACAGCACAUAAGAAAGGCUCGACCCUGAAGGCUGUGGCUGUGGAGCUGGGCUACCUGACCGAGGAGCAGUUUGACCAGUGGGUGAAACCAAGUGAAAUGCUGGGGCCAAAGUGAACAGCACAAGAAACACUACCAAACAAAGAAAGUGGGGAAACUGAGUUUUCCCCAAUUUUGAACUGUAGCUUUUGAACUGUAUGUACAAAACAUGCUCUGAAUCCUUCUUAAAUUAAUUCAUCUCUUAAAUAAAUAUUUUGAGAAUCCUUUGCAGUUGUUUGAUGCAGACCUCUUACUGUCUGUUUUACUGGUUUAUACUGGUAUGUUAUAUCUGGGCAAAGUUCUAUUGAGAUUUAAGAGUUUGAUUUAAUGUCUUACACUUGUUAGUCCUGUUAAUACAGUAAGUCACACAUACUUGGGAGAGGGAUUUCCAAUCACACGACUAAAUCAACGGACUGUAUUAAAUGGGUUAGUCACGUCUCUGUAAUUCUUACAUUGAAGUGUUCUGUCAGGUUUAUUUAUCCAUUGAUACAGUUAUACCUGUUGUGUUAAUAUCAAAAAAUUGAUUUCCACCAUCAAUUCCAUUUUUCAGUGUAGAAACAGCAUUUGUGUAUUUGUACAUCAGCUACCUGGUUUCAUAUUUUAAAAUGCAUGUGAUUCUCAUUAUUUUGUACCUUCAAAGCAAUUCAGAUUUUAACAUUGUGCCAUCCCAAAAGGUGUCACGAUAGAUUACUGUAACAUGUUCAGGUUUACAGUAUGUGUGCCAUUUGUGCAGCUUUCCAGUUCAAAUAAAUGUGUUCAUUAAGUGCAACUAUA